AUGACAAGAUGCCCCCCCGCGCUGCCCGCCUCCAUCGACAUCCGGGAGCCCCGCUGGGACCAGGGCACCUUCCAGGGCCGCGCCAGGCACUUCUUCGCCGUCACCGACCCCCGCAACCUGGUGCUCUCGGGGCCAAACUGGAGGAGGCUCGCCGCCUGGUGCCACGACUACCGGGCCGGCACCAUGCCCCGGGGCUGACCGAGAGCAGCUGUGGCGGCCAAGUACGUCUACGACUCGGCCUUCCACCCCGACACGGGCGAGAAGAUGCUCCUCAUCGGGCGCAUGUCGGCCCAGGUGCCCAUGAACAUGACCAUCACCGGCUGCAUGCACUUCUACAGGACCACCCCGGCCGUGGUUUUCUGGCAGUGGGUGAAUCAGUCCUUCAACGCCAUCGUCAACUACACCAACCGCAGCGGGGACGCCCCAUCGCCCCCCAGCCAGCUGGGGACGGCCUACGUGAGCGCGACCACCGGGGCGGUGGUCACGGCGUUGGGGCUCAAGUCUCUCACCAAGCACCUGCCAGCCAUCAUCGGCCGCUACGUGCCUUUCGUGGCCGUGGCCGCUGCCAACUGCAUCAACAUCCCGCUGAUGAGACAGAGGGAGCUGAAGCUGGGCAUCCCCAUCACGGACGAGAACGGGAACCGCCUGGGCGAGUCCGUGGCCGCGGCGCAGAAGGCCAUCUUCCAGGUGGUGGUGUCCCGCAUCGGCAUGGCGGGCCCUGCCCUAGCUAUCCCCCCAGUGAUCAUGAACGCCCUGGAGAAGAGAGCCUUCCUGAAGCGGUACCCGUACCUCAACGCUCCCCUGCAGGUCGGCCUGGUGGGACUCUGCUUGGUGUUCGCCACCCCGCUGUGCUGCGCGCUCUUCCCGCAGAAGAGCUCGAUGCAGGUGAGUCGCCUGGAGCCCCAACUCCAAGCUGGGAUCCGGGAGAGGGACCCGCAGCUGCAGACCGUCUACUUCAACAAGGGGCUGUGAGCGGGGCGCCGUGCGGGGCCGCUGCAUCGCUGAGCUUUACCCUCGGAGCCCCCUGGGGACACCGCUGCUGUCCCUUGGCUGUCACCUGUCCUUAUGUCCUGGUGCUCACCCCCCCCCCCCCCGGGGCGUAGCUGAGCCCCUGAACAAACCCAGAGGGGCUCCCAUCCCGGCACCUCCCCUGAGCUGUCCCCAGAGCUGGUUUGCUGCUCUCCCGUCCCCGCUGUGGGGCUGUCCCCAGGGCCAGCAGCCACAGUGUCACGGUCCCCCCGUGCCAGGAGGAGGGGAAUAAUUCCCUGGUGACGUGCGGCUGGCAGGCAGCGGUGCCAGGGGCUGGGGGAGAGGCUGCAGCGGCGCUGGGUGCUGGCACGCCGCGGGGCACGGCACGGUCACGGCGUCCUUCCAAAGGGCCGGGGGGGCCCCGUGUGCCGCUGCGGGCACCCGCAGUGCAAAAGUGUCCCCGUUCCCUGUGCCCAGCCCGUGUGUGUCACUGUGUAGAAGCCCCGUCCUGCGUGGGGGGAGACAAAUGUCCCCGACCCCGUCCCCAUCCGUGGUGCCAGCGCCAAGAAAGCUCGUGCGCACCGGGGCGGGGGCACCCCCAAGGGUGCUCCAGGGAUGGAAGCUGGCUUUCCCCAGAGCACACAGCACAAAUUAAUCUCAGCAGAGCCCCCGUUUUGUUCUCUUUUUAAUGCCCUCUUUGCUCGAGGCUUGGCUCCCCCAAGGGGUUACCCUACACCUUGCUUCCCAGCGGACCUUCUCCAAUGGCUUUAAGUACACCACCGUUUCCUCCGGUUAUUUUGAUAUUUUUUUUCUGUACCUACACGUACCAAAUAAUAAAGGCAGGCUGUUUGUACAAAACCAAAAGCAAAGAGAA